UGAGACAAUCACAUCUAUUCUGACACAGUCACACUUUACAACUCUUGACUGCUUUGGAAAGCCUGUCUUGUCUUGCAAAACCUGGUUCUAUUUUACACCAGUCAUCUAUAGUCUCUGUGACCAACUCACUGGGAUCCAUGCAGGUUGGUAUUAUAAUGUAUCUGCCAACAUCUGAUGCUCGCCAAAGGAAGGAAAUCACAGAGGAGUUCUUCAGUUACAGGAGCCUGGCGCGAAGUCUCUGGGAUGAUUAUUCCACCUAUGAACACUGGGCCAAGAUCGAGGUUCCAAAAGACAAGGCCGAACUUGCCGAACUCCAGGCCCGGCUGAGGAAGCGUUUCCCUGUGGAUGCAUAUAACAAGGCACGUAUGGAGCUGGACCCCAACAAGGUGCUCUCAAACGCCAAGUUGGAGAAGAUGUUCCCAGUGUUGGAGCCUGCUCACCAGACAAAGUAAUCUCAACUACUCCUUCCCGGCGAGGAAUGGUCGCAGAAGGAACUGC